AUGAACUUUAACAAAACUGAACUAACCGAAAAACCGCUCCUAGAACAAACGACUGAACAUAACACAUUGUAUGCACAUUCAAGUUGUCAUCAUAAUUGUCACCUCAACUGCCAUUUACCAGAGACACUUGAGCCAGGAGCAGUAAUCUUCAAAGGUUGUGCAGCGAUGGAUUCAACUGGUUUGAGCUGUAUGAAAUGUGGUAGAAAUCGAUUAUUGAAACUUUUGAAAGAAUACGACAUAGAGAGUUUGAGAAGGAAUUAUUUAACUCUGAUCCGGGCACAAGACAACUACGUGGAAAUGUCCAUCAAAGCUUUCCGAGGAGAUCAGAAAGAUGGGAUCUAUCAAAAUUUGUUAUCAUAA